CCUGAGGGGUGCCUGGCUCCUGUGGAGGGAGCAAAGGGGUCUGCCACGGGUGCAACCACACCAUCCUUUGUGGGCGGCCUGGUUUGGAGCUCACUGUGAACCAGGAGCGCUGUCUUGGAAAGCCACCAGGAACUGUGAGCUCUUCUCAUACCCACCAGUGGUACCCCAUGCUCCCUGGUCUCUCAGGAUUUUGUCUUCCAAUGCGUUCAGGCAGUCUAAGAUGGAAUGGUUUGGACUUUUUGUUCCAUGAGAAAUCUUUCACAGAGAUGCAGCUGUGCCACUGGGGAGGCUUACAGGCUCCUGCGGUCCAAGGAAGGACAUUGCUUGAGGGUACAUCCAUGUGCUUGGGGCAGACCCUUGCAGACGGAGCUGCUGCCUCACAGGCAGAUAGCACUGAACUGCUGUUUCUCAACAAAAUAGCGUGGUCUCCUCAUCUCCUGUGUUGGACCACUCUUGUCAUGUUGCUGUUUGGUCCUCUGCAUCAUAUCUCUGCCUGCCUGAGCCUCUUUCCCUCCUGUGCUCUCCAUCUCCUCCAGAAACCACCCAAAUCCUUUGGAAAAGGUGUUACCAAGCACUUCAAGAAGCUCAGCAGUAUUAAAAGGUCUUGGUGGGAGGUGGAGUUGGUAGGAGUGGAGGCAUCUUGGGAUUUUGGGCUCUCCAGCAGCCUUCCAGGGGAAUCUGGGAGAAGGGGGUACCAGGCCACUGUGACCUUUCUGGGAUGCAGCGUGGGGAAGGUCUAGCCGAGCUCCCCUUGGGUUUGUCACUGGCUUGUCCUUGCCUUCCUCUCCUCUGCUCCACAGAUGCCGUGGGACAGAGGAACAGUGGGCGGUCCCCCUGUGGUUUUGCCAAAGCAGUGGGAAGGAAAGGCAGGGAGGGAUGCAGUGACCACUGUCUGUCUCUCCAGACCCACUUGGUGCCCCUCAAACCAUUGUCCUGCACCCCACAGAACCACUUUGUUGAAUUCUUUUCCUUUUCUAUGUAUAUGUAACCUAUAUAUGUUUUUUCCCCAACAUGGAGCAAAGUCUUGCAGAUCCAUCAGGGAAACUCACAAAAAAAGCAAUGACUGGGGAGGGUGGGGAUGAUUUGAGACCACACUGGCUUGCAACAUUGGGUCAGGGAGACCAGAGUGCUUGGGCACAUUCACACCUUCCCGUCAGGCACUCAUCAACCUGAGCAUCACAUCUGCCUUGCACACUGGUGAUAAGCAUUGACUGAGCAAAUUAAACCAGGUAGUUAGUGCAGGGCCAGCAGCAAGCCCAUAUAGCCUGGUGUGGAGUGGCCUCAUCUCCCUGGGUCUCUUCCUUCAUGCCCAGCUUUGCCUCAGCUGAUGGGGCCUGAGAAAGAUCAAGCUCCUGUCUAUAGGCUGGGAGCAGAGCAGUGUCGAAACAUCCUGGACCACUCUAAGGUGGCUUUGAGGAGCACCUAGGACAGGACAAGGAAUUGACUGGCCAUGAUCUGGAUCCAAAAAGCAGCAGGAUGGACUUUUCUCUCCGGCCUCUGUUGUUCUGGCACCUGUGGGACAGUGUUGUGGUAUGCUGGGGGCCCCCAGUGCUGCCAGAGACGGGCCUUGGGGUGGGGGCACUGCUGCUUGGGGCCAUGACAGACCCCCCCUGUGCUCUAUCACUGGUGUCUGAUCUCUCUGUACCUCGUGGCUGUGCAGAUAAAAUCUGUUCUGGUGGCAGUGUCUCAUUUUCCACUCUCUGAUUCCUUUGUGCUGCUCAUGGCAGCCCAAAGGUGCUGAGGAGAACAGAGCUCUCCGGAGCCUCACCCCUGUGUUUGGUGAUGUAUUAAAAGGCGAUUUGCUUUGUAUGGUGCUGAUGUUUGUUUUGACCUGAAACCAUGUCUCUCCAUUUCCUCCUUGACUGAACAAGUGCUGGGAAAAGCCUGGCCCUGGUGCUGGGUGUGACACUCUCGUUGUCACUGUCUCCACCUACUGUGGGCAUGCAUGGCAGCGGAGGCAUGACAGUGUCCUCCCUUUGAGCCCUCAAACUGCCCUGUGGGGUUGUGGGACUCACAGGAAGGGCUACACUCAGCAUUGACACACACAGUUGUUAAUAUCCGACUAUUACAAAUUAUUACAGAGAUGCCUCUGCCUGAAAUAAGGUGUAAACGACACCAUAUGCCAGUAGUAUGGAUUUCUGUUUAACAGUAAAUGUGAGCAGGAGAGAGGGAAAAGAUAGGAGGGUGGAGAGAAAGUGACAGAGAAACAGACUGUGCAGAAAAAAAACCCGCUACUUUGUAGAUUUCAGUGAUGUUCCCUUGGUCCUCUUCGAGUCUUCUCCGUGUCUUGCCCAGGUGGUGACUGUAGACUACAUCCAUCGAGUGGUGAAGGGAAAGAGUCCAACAAACACAGCGUGUGUGGGGUUUAUGUUCUGCUGAGGCUAUGUGGGAACAUCCCCUGUACCUCCCCUGGAGCGGGGAGCUUCACUCUGGAUAAUAUUGUGGAUCACUUGGGGACCCUUGACACCUUCUGAGAUGUUGCAGCUGUCUUCAAGUGAGCCUAGUUAAAUUAAUUAUGGCUCAUCAGUCGAGAUGGGUACCUACAGUUUGUGUGAACGUCGCCACUUGGGAACAGUUUUCACAGACAAGCCGUUCAGUGAGGGAGGACAUUGGCAUGAUAAAGACUUAGUCCACAUGGCAGGAUUUGCCUCUUACUAGCCUCUCCCCUUAUCUGCAAGCCCUUCUGCACCCUGCAGGCCGUUCUGUGCUCCAAACCAGGUGGAUUGUUCGAGCUAUUAGCACCCAUGGUGCAGUCCCCACCUGCCCAUCAACACCCUCACAUCCCCACCUACAGCCCUGUCACACCCCAAAUCCUCCUUCAGCCUCCCCCAUUCCUUAUCACCCCCCACUCCUUUCACACGCCUUUCACACCUCAAAUCCCUCUUCAGCACCCUUCACCUCCUCCUCCUUAAUCCCCUUCAUCCCUCCCACCUAUCACCCCUUCUCUCUAUCGGGUCCGACUCCCUCUCCAGCCCCAAAUCCCUCCUCAGCUCCAUCGUACAUCAAUCCCCCGCCGCCCCAAAUCCCCGUCCAUCCCCCGUCUCCCUCUCGCCGGGGGCGGGCCGGUCCCGUUCCCGCUCUCUUGCUUCUCUCCCUGAGGGAGCGGCGCUCGGGCGCUGCCGACCCGGCCAUGUACGCGGGGCGCAGGCGGAGGAAGCCGGUGCCGCGGCCGACGCGGCCGGGCCCGGCCGAAGGGGGCGGCGGUGGCUCCAACCCGUCCAAGCGGCACCGGGAGCGGCUGAACCGGGAGCUGGAGCGGCUGGCGAGGCUGCUGCCCUUCCCGCCGGACGUGGCGGCCGGGCUGGACAAGCUGUCGGUGCUCCGUCUCAGCGCUGGCUUCCUGCGCGCCAGGAGCUUCUUCGACGUUGCUCUGAAGAAUCCUGCUGACAAAGAAGCCCAGAGGGACAGAGCCUGUGGCACCGGACCAGCUCCAGGCUUGGCAGCAGUUCCAGAGGGUGAGCUGCUCCUGCAGGCUCUCAAUGGCUUCGUGCUGGUGGUGACAUCAGAAGGGCUGAUAUUUUACUCCUCACAUACAAUCCAGGAUUAUCUAGGAUUUCAUCAGGCCGAUGUCAUGCACCAGAGUGUCUUUGAGCUCAUCCACACCGAGGACCAUCCGGAGUUCAGACGCAACCUCCACUGGGCCCUGGACCCACCACACACUCCUGAGGGUGAGCCUUCUCCAGCAGUGGGGAAGGGUCUUGACUCUUCUGCUGUCAUCUACAAACCAGAUCAGCUGCCCCCAGAAAACUCCUCCUUCCUGGAGAGGAGCUUUGUGUGCCGCUUUCGCUGCCUCCUGGAUAAUUCCUCUGGCUUCCUGGCUUUAAACCUUCAAGGCAGGUUGAAAUUCCUUCAUGGGCGAAACAAAAGAUCUGAAGAUGGCUCUGUACUGCCCCCCCAGCUCGCUCUGUUCGCCAUCUCCACGCCUCUGCAGCCCCCGUCCAUCCUGCAGAUCCGAACCAAGAGCAUGAUCUUCAGGACCAAGCACAAGCUGGACUUCACCCCCUUGGCAUGUGAUCCCAAGGGAAAGAUCAUCCUGGGCUACACUGAGGCAGAGCUGCGGAUGUGUGGCUCCGGCUACCAGUUUGUCCACGCUGCUGACACGCUGUACUGUGCCGAGAACCACGUCAGGAUGAUGAAGACGGGGGAGAGCGGCCUGACGGUGUUCCGGCUGCUGACCAAGGACAACCACUGGAAGUGGGUGCAGGCCAACGCACGGCUCGUCUACAAGAACGGCAAACCCGAGUACAUUGUGGUCACACAGAGACCCCUCGUAGAUGAAGAAGGAGGAGAGUACCUUCGGAAGCGGUCCAUGCAUCUUCCCUUUACCUUUGCUACAGGAGAGGCGCUUCUAUACCAAAGUGCUCACCCUCUCCCAGGCUUACCUGACCUUUUCCAGAGUAAAGGGAAACCCAGCAAGUUCAAGAAGCCCUCCUGCAGCCAUGUAGGGCGCUCCCAGAAGAAUGGCAUUGACCCCCAGUCUCUGCUCGGCAAGGCGGUGUACACCUCGCACCCAGCUCCCACUCAGGACCCUUCCUUCAGCAGCACUUUCCAGCUUGGGCUUGUGUCCUUGCCAAGUGCAGGAGGGGAUGCUUGGAGUAUGGGCAGAGAUCCAGUUUCUUCAAGGGGCAACGGCCUCCAAGAGAAGCUGCUGGAGAACCCUCUCUUGGCCACCAUGGACUCACUCUCAGUUAAGAGAGAUGAGAGCUGUUCCAACAAGCUCUUCAGUGCUUUGGAGGGUCUGGGCUUGAAUGCUGAGGACCUGGAGCUCCUGCUGCUGGAUGAGAAAAUGGUGAUGGUCAGUAUGGACCGAGACCAGUCCCCAUCUCUAAACAGCCUGGCUAGCAACCAGAUUCUCUCCUACGUUCCCAGCUGUCCAGUGGAUGAGCAUGAGGGAGAACAGCAGGUGUGUCCCCUGCCAGGCAUGCCCUCCAGCCCACAGGGAGGCACUGCUCCAUGCCACACGGAGAACAAGGACUCAAAGUGCCACCUGGCACAGCAUGCAGGGCAGCCCAGCACUGCCCUGGGCCAGCCCCCCAUCCCUCUGUGGGGGCAGCCCAUCGGUGCUGUGCCAGGGCUGCUCCCAGAGCUGGCUGAGCAGGAAGAGCUCUCCAGUGGCUCCCAGUGGGGACUAGUUGGGGAGGAGACUGUACUCCACUUCUUCCAGCCAGCACAGGGCGCCCCCUGGGACAGGGCCCCCAGCUCAGCCCUGGAAGCCCCCUGCCCACAGGAGCCAUCUGGGGCCCAGCAGCUGCAGGGAGACUUCCCAGCUGUGCAGCCCUCCCAAGAGGAUACCCACCAGUCCUUCUCCCUGUCCAGCCUGUGCCAAGGUUGUGUGGCACCACCAGGCCAGCGGAAACAUCAUCACUUGCUGAUGAAUGGGAGGUGUGGCACCAGCCCCAACUCCUCUCCACACCCCAGUCCAUGGCAGGACUAUGUUUGCCCCCUCCUGGGGUCUCCAGCUCGGCCUGGCAUUUAUGGCCUCAGCCAAGACUUGCUCUCCCAGCCCCAGGGCUGUUUGGGCCCUGGGCCUGGCUUGCCUCCACAGCACUUUAACCUGAAUGGAUUAUGCAGCAUGGAAGCUGUGGGCACUGGGGACUCCUGGGAAGAGAUGUCUUCAUACCCCAGGUGUUCUCCCCCUUCCUACCAGCUUAUUCCUGAGAAGCCGCUGAGCCCUCUUCCCUUUGUGCCCCAGCACCCUUUCCCCAGCUCAGCUGCAGGGCAGUUUGGGAGCAUUGGCAGCCCUCUGGAGACUUCAUAUGGGGGACACACCUCUGCACUGAGCCAGGAGGGCAGGCACAAGCCCCACAGCACCUGUGGUUUGCCCAGCUCUCCCAUGGGACUGCCCCAAGACUGCCCAGUGCUGGGGGGAAGUCUGGCACUGCCCUGCCAGCCUCAGCUGCCAGAUCCCCCUCAUGCUUCCAGGGGAUACUUCUGUCUCUAGGAGAGACAGGAAUGGACAAAGCAGGACUGUUCCCCGGGAAAGGAGCUACCUUCAAGCUGCAGAUAACAAACCUUCCCCACUGCUGUGCACAUCCUGCUGGUGCUAUUGAUGUUGGUUGCUUUGGCUCACUUGGGUUUUUGCUCUUCCCUCAACUUCCCACCGUCCUCCCCAUGCUGUUCCUGUGCUGGUGUCCCUGGCCUGGGAAGGGACAGCAACACAGCUGGAGGACAGAUUUCCCAGGGUGCUUGAGCAAGCUGAGCUGUGGUUGCAGGUCAGCCCAUGAGUGCAACCGAAGCUUUGCAUUUACAUGCAUGAUCCAGCAUGGAUACCAGCCUCACGAAAGCCUGUCCUAAAAAAGACAGAAAAUGUUUUCACCUCUGGUAUUAAAUUUCCUGCCAUCCCAGCCAGGCACCUGUGGCUGUGGCCAAGUUGUACAGAUACUGCUUGUUUAGUAAGGAAAAUGAGCCCUGUAUGGUGUUCUUGUGUUGCUCUGCUUCUUCCCCAUCCCUGAUUUCCCUGUGUCCCAAGUGUUCUCAGUGUUUGGGAUCCAGGUUAGAGCUCCUGUAGCAAACACCCUGGGCUUUGCUGUACUAUACAAGGCAUGCCCAGAUUGGCUGCUAAACUGGUUUUCUCUGGGUGCUGGCCUCUCAGGUACCCUCAGACUUCAAGUCUCAAAUUUUUCAGUUAAAAACCCAGAAAUUUCUAUAAGAUAAAGAAAAUAAGUUAAUAAGUACUUAAUUGUAAGUACUGAGAGAGCGAUACCUUCCCACAGAAGAAAAAACCCACAGCCCAUAUGUGUGUAUAUGAGUUGACAGAUUUAUUUUUAUGCCACUCCAGUGGAAGGAAAAAAACUUCUUACCAUUCCAAAGCAGCAUCCUCUGGAAUGCGAUGAAGAGGUUGUUUAAAAGAUCAGAAACGCAGUGACCCUUUAAGAAACCCAACAAAGCUCAUAUCUUCUGCUUGCCCAGCUUUGGAUUAAUGUGAACUCCUGUUGGUUUUGUUUCAAUAAAUGGUUUUGGAGCUCCUCCCUGAUGUUUCCCUUGCUGGCUGUGUGUCUUCCUGAUCUGGAGCAUGUCAGGGUUUGCUGGCUGCAGCACUGGAGCCUAGGCCUUGCCACGGGUGAUCUGGGAUGGAAUGGGCUGAGUUGGAUCAGAUCCUGAGGAGCACUUGGAGCCUUUGGGGUGUACACAGUCCAUCUGCCAGUUCCUUCCAUAGAUGUUUGAAAGGAACUGGGAAAUCUGACAGAGAAGGAGAAGUUGACUCUGGGCAGCACCACCUGCACUGAGGGGGAUGGUGGGACGGCACCAGAGCAUCCCUGAGGCUGCAGCUCGGUGACAUCCAACCGAGUCCCAGGUGCUGAGCACAACCUGACCACUGUCAAAUUUCCUUCUUGAGGCAGGUACUGGAUGUGUGGGCAACCAUUCCAUGGCCAGUUGCCCUGAUGGGUUUCUCCUCUUCCUUGCCGUGCAUCUCCACAGCACCACGAGCUUCCCUGCAGCCCAGGUGACCUUGGGGAACUGCAGCCCUGCUGGCUGUGUCACCAGGGCUCUGUGUUUCAGCGAGCGCAGCGUGGAUUUCUCCAGCGCUCUGUCUGUGAGGCAUGUGGAGGACAGGCCAUGGUUUCUGUGGAGGGAGGUGCCUUCUGCUCCCAAAGCAGGCUGGCACAUCCAUAAUCCAUGCCCAUCCUCACGCCAGUUGCUGCCUGUCCUCUGGGCCUCGUGACAUUGAUUCUUGACACACCAGGCUGGCCCAGGGAGCCUGGCUGGAGAGAAAAUUUCCUGCUGGAGCAAGAGAGAUGCCUCUGUUUAUCACCGCAGCAUCUGCAGCCUGCCCUGAGCCAUGGUGCCAGGACAAGGACAUGUGAGACACAGCCUGCAGCAAAAGGGAGCUCCUUUCUCAAGCCAGCUGAGAGAGGUGACAUCUGAUACUGGCUGCAUCCAUAAGGCUGAAAGCACCAGUACCCAGCUGGCAUCACGGAGGCCAGGAUAUCUCCCUGGGCCUCAGGGCAGCAGAGAGCAAGGUCCAAAGACUUUCCAAGCCUGGCCAGAAAGGUCUAAAGAGUGAUGGGGCACAUUAACCAUCAUCCUGGGGUGAAGGAUCAGCACAUGGCUACCAGGAUGAGAAGCCUGUGUGGAGGUUGCAGUGUGACCCUCUGGGACAAAAAGAAAACCCUGAAGGAGGAGACUGAGGGGAGACCUCAUUGUGUCUGCAUCCUCUCCUCAUGAGGAGCAGUGGAGGGACAGCUCCCAUCUCUGCUCUCUGUGAUGAGUGACAGCACCCAAGUGAAUGCCUGGAGCUGUGCCAGGAGAGGUUGAGGCUGGGGAUCAGGAAAAGGUUCUUCCCUCAGAGUGUGCUGGGCACUGCCCGGGUUCCCCAGGGAAUGGGCACGGCCCCAAGGCUGCCAGAGCUCCAGGAACGUUUGGACAGCGCUCUCAGGCACAGGGUGGGAUUGUUGGAAUAUCUGUGCAGGGCCAUCCUCAAAACAACCCAUCCCUCCAAUCCACAUUCCUUUGGAUGAACAUGACCUCUCUAUCAGUAAACUCAUAUUCAUGG